AUGCGCUGCGCUCACUGCCUUAUGGACGGAAGGCGUAGGCAAAGCGCAUCGUUCUCGUUGAUACGCCACAUCUCCGGUUUCGGUGUUGGGAAUUCACGUUUUCUGAUGUCCGGUGGUAUAGCCGGGAAAUCGUCCUGCAACAUUGGCAACGGUGACGAGUUGGAUGGGUUUGACUGCUGGGGUAUUGACAUUGAUCUUGUGGUGUUUUCUAUUGCCUGCAAGCAAAGUGCAUUUAUCAGUGGAGCCCGCUUUGAGUCCUUCUUCAUCACAGGCGACUUCUUUCGCUUUUUCUUCUGGAACCUCAUCAUGGCCUUGUUUGGUAACUUGGGUUAUGCUGGAGGCCUGGGCAUCAUCUGUGGGAGCUUCACGCUGCUUGUUGCUUUCUUUUCUCUCGUUUGUUUGUGUGCUUGCAACGGAUCUGCGAAGCUCAACUUAGACCCAUUCAACAAACAGGAACUUCUCGACUUCUGA